UGGUCCUGUACAUUUCCAUUAUCCCAUUUUUCGUUUAUGCCGAAGUUUCAUCUAGUUUGCCUGCGAGAUGGCUUCAUGGUGGAGAUAAUCCCGAACUUUAUCUGUCGGGUGUUGAAACUGUGCCUAGAAGUAUAUUCCUGAAAUCUGACCCCAAAUUUGAAUAUAGUAUGACGGAUAAAGUCUUUGGCACCGUGCACCAGCCAUUUAAUCCUCAAGGUUUUUUAGGCAAACGAGUUCAAUUAACAGGUUUUGUGAAAACCAGUAAUGUUAUAAACACGGCUAGUAUGUUUUUGCAAAUUUAUAGAGCGACAAAUUCCAUUUUAGCUGAGCUGGACGGAAAUAUAAUAGGUACUGCUGAUUGGAAAAAGGUUAAAAACGUUUUAGAUGUUCCUCAAGACACACUCUACAUUUCCUUUGGUAGUCGUCUACAUGGAGAAAUCUGGAUCUGUGGAUUUGAAUUCAACACCGUAGAUUCAGGAGUUUCAACUACUAGUAUUAGUAAUAUUAAAGGCAGUUUAAAUUUCUCUGAUGUAUUAAAUUAUCCAACUAAUCUCUUUGAGCUAACACCUGCUGCAACCGAUGACGGUAGCAAAGUUAUUACUAAAACCGAUGCAGGAGUGGUUACCGUCGUCGCAAUAGGGAAAGGUUUGGAGCACAGCAUAAGUCACGUGCUAAAUUUAAAUUCUGCCUGUAAUAUAGAUUAA